AUGAUCAUGAUUUAUAUGAUUUCCUGGUGGUGUAAGAUUUAUGAUUGGCAGUCCCAUAGCAACAGGAAUGGCUCUGCUUUCCCCGGAGCAAAUCAUGCUCACAGUGCUGCUCAUUCCCCGGGCGAUAAUGAGUUUGCUCAGCCAUCAAAUGGAACGCUGAAUUCUUCUUCUUCAACAGCGAAACCUUUUACGUCCAAUCAAAGCCGUCAGCAAUCAACUCAUCAGAGGAAAUUGUCGAUGCCAUCACAGUUUCCUGCUGCAUCCAGAGGCUCGGAGCCACGAACGUCACAGCUCACGGAUCUCUUGAAGCAGUCAUUCACUCCGAAAAGGGGAACUACAGCUCGAGGUGAAUUCUCGAAGGGUGUGCUCACAAGCACCGCUGAACCUUUACUAACAACUGAGUUCGUGCCGUGGUGUAGCCGUAUUUUUGUUCAGCCAAUAUUGGAUCUUAUCUAUUGUAAGGAGGAGGUCGAAGAUUUCACGGAUCGUGCACUUACUUUGGUAAAUCCUACUGACUGGGCUAUUUUCGUGGAGCAGGGACAGCGUCAGCAAGCACAUCACGAAUUUGAACACUUUAGGACAACAAGCUGUGACGCCCAACUAGUCUUUACUCGUAUACCCAGAUGUGCUGCCUCCAUCUCACUUUCAAUGCUUCGGAAGUGCAUUUAUUCGACAGAUGGAGAUCAAAUUUAUAUAACGCGAUUUGAAAAAUCUUACACCACUCUUGCGCGGAAGUUUUCGUGCAAUGGAGAUAACCCCUUCAACCCCUUAACCCCUUAA